CAAGCAGGGCUUUCCCGGGCCACUUCAACAGUGACUCUGACAAACUCCAGCAGAAGACAUGAUUGUGUUCCCUUUUUUCUUUGCCUUGCUGUGGGAGAGAGCUCCUGGCUGGGGGUUCAAGGACGGAGUACUACACAAUUCGAUUUGGUUAGAGCGAGCAGCCGGAGUAUAUCACAGAGAAGGAAGAAAUGGAAAAUACCAGCUCACCUAUGCAGAGGCAAAAGCAGUGUGUGAAUAUGAAGGUGGGCAUCUAGCAACAUACCAGCAGCUCGAAGCAGCAAGAAAAAUAGGUUUUCAUAUGUGUGCUGCCGGUUGGCUGGCCAAAGGAAGAGUGGGGUAUCCCAUCGUUAAACCUGGAAGCAACUGUGGCUUUGGAAAGACUGGGAUUGUGGAUUAUGGCUUUCGACUUAACAGAAGUGAGAGAUGGGAUGCUUAUUGUUACAACCCUAACGGAAAAGAUUGUGGUGGAGUCUUCACAGAUUCGAAACAUACCUUCAAAACCCCUGGCUACCCAAAUGAAUAUGAAAAUGAUCAAACCUGUUAUUGGCAUAUAAGAGUGAAGUAUGGACAGCGGGUUCAAAUUCAGUUUAUUGACUUUGACCUCGAAGAGGAUACAUCUUGCCUGUCUGAUUACUUAGAAAUCUAUGACAGCUAUGAUGAUGUCAAUGGCUUUGUGGGCAGGUACUGCGGAGACGAACUACCAGAUCCAAUUGUUAGCACAGGAAAUGUCAUGACGCUGAAAUUUUUGUCAGAUGCUUCUGUUACGGCAGGAGGCUUUCAGAUUAAAUAUGUUGCUUUAGACCCACCGAGAAAGAGUGCUGGGAAAAAUACAACUAUCCAGAGCAAGACAAAUUAUUUAGCUGGAAAAUUUGGCAUUAUGUGA